UAUCAUUAAAGAUAAUAUUUCUUUAUUCUCUAUGUGUUAGAAAUAUAAUUUCAUUGUGUUAUUUGUAAUUAAAAAUUUACGGUGUUAUCGUCUCUAGUGUUUGUUAAAUUCAACGUCAAUAACCUUGUCGUGUUUAUGAAUUAGGUUAUCAUUAUAAUAAUAUGUAAUUAUAAACGUUGGAAUUAUUUCAUAUAAUUGUUCAUAAUGAUCUAUCAUUAUGCGUAAAUAUCGAAUCUGAUAAUGUUGAUUUUAUAUCUUCAUUGAUAUACAUAAUGACGAUGAUGGAUAAUUUGGAAAAUAUUAAUCCAAAAUUAUAUAAAAAAGUAGAAGAUAGACAAGUUACAGCUGCUGAAGAAGAUGAAGAUAUCGUUGAUGCGUUUGAUGCGAGAGAAGUUUUCGAUAUCAUCAGAAAUAUCAAUGAUCCUGAACAUCCUUUAACGUUAGAAGAACUAAAUGUUGUAGAACAAAAUCUUAUACAGGUUAACGAUGCAGAGAAUAUUGUGAACGUUAAAUUUACACCAACGAUACCACAUUGUAGUAUGGCAACUUUGAUUGGUCUUUCAAUAAGAGUACAAUUAUUAAGAGCUUUACCACCUAGAUUUAAAGUAUGCGUAGAGAUAACUCCUGGUACUCAUAUAUCUGAAACGGCACUUAACAAACAAUUAGCAGAUAAAGAGCGCGUAGCUGCUGCACUUGAAAAUUCACAUUUAGUUGAAGUAAUCAAUAAUUGCGUUUGUGUUUCUAAAUAUUAAAACUUUACUAUUUAUGCUUUCUCCUUACAAUAGAUUAGAUCAAAAGAUUUAAGAUCUAAUAGACAUAUUAUAUUGUGUGCAAUAAAUAUGGUGAAAUUAUU